AUGGCCCUGAACGUUAAGGCGGCGGCUAUGAUGUCAAUCAUCGCCGAGCAGCUACUCUAUGGGUUCUCGAUCCUGAUGUUUGGCGCGACUGCAAGAAUCCUCAUAUCCGAUGCACUGAAGCGCCGCCCCAACUGGAUCAUGAUGGUGGCUUCUGCGGCGUUCUUCAUCUUGAGCACCGUGCAUAUGGUGGUUGUAGUGUUGUGGGUGUAUGAGGGCUUCGUUCGUUUGAAUGGCCGACACCUAACGUCCUACUUCAACUCGUCGGCGCACCCGUACGUAACGGCGAAGAAUAUCGCUUACCUUUUGGAAACGACGUUGGCCGACAUGAUCCUUAACGUCUGGGUGAUUCUCCCAAGCUCGCUAACUGCCGCGGCAUCGGCUGCCCUCAUGUCUUGGGUGUUCGCACAUAUCACACGAUCCGGCGAACAUUGGUUCGUCGGCAGCGCCGAAAGAAUCCUCUAUGCUGCUUAUGCAUUCAUGCUCUUCACUAGUUUGGCUUCCACGAGUUUGCUGGGCUACAAACUAUGGAUCACCGAGCGCUUCAUGUCUCGGUACCGCCAGAAUUUAUUUGGCCCUUCUAUCGAGAUAGUUGUACAAUGCGGGGCGCUAUAUUCUCUGACGUUGAUUAUGGUCGUCCUGACCACCAAGUUGAGCUACUUCGCCUCGUACGUAGCGGUCAACGUAGCGGGUCAGAUUAUACCCAUCACCUUCUAUGCUAUCAUCCUCCGCGUGAGGAUAGCAAGGCGUAGAAGGGACGAAGCCAUCGCGAUGUCGACCUGGCGAAGCGGACCUGGAGACGAGAGCAUCGGGCAUGGAGUCCGAGAUGCAGAGAUAGAGGUGCACAUUUCCCGCUUCUGCGAGGAAAGCAGAGAGUUCGUGGGGGCAAAAUAA